AUGACUCCAGACAAUGCGGGCAUCUCACCCGCCCUCGUCGAGACCAUCGCGGGUCUCUCCGCCGGAUCGGUAGCCACUCUUGCGGUCCAUCCCCUUGACAUCGUGAAGACGCGGAUGCAGAUUCACCGAAGCAGUGCAGCGAACCCGCAGAGCCUAACAACCAUAUCACUGCUUCGCACUCUGACGCGAACGCCACACCCCAUCGCAGCUCUCUACAGGGGACUCACACCCAACCUUAUUGGCAAUGCAUCCAGCUGGGCCUCGUUCUUCUUCUUCAAGGCGCGGGCGGAGCAAGCAAUCCUGAACCUCAAAGGCCCGACAGGCACAGGCAGCAGCGAUGCCGCUUCGCUAUCGCCGCAGGACUACUUCGUCGCCUCGGCGGUGGCGGGCAUCUUCACGCAAGCCAUCACCAACCCGGUCUGGGUCCUAAAGACACGCAUGCUGUCAUCCAACCGCGGCGCGGCCGGCGCAUAUCCCAGCAUGUGGGCGGGAGCCGCCCAGCUGCUGAAGACCGAGGGCUGGAGGGGGUUCUACCGCGGCCUGGGCAUCAGUCUGUUCGGCGUUUCCCACGGAGCCGUGCAGUUCACGGUCUACGACCCGCUGAAGAAGAUGUACAUUGCGCGGGUCCGAAAAUCGUCAUCAGGCAAUCGGGAUCAGGAGCCACAGAGGUUCAGCAACGAGGCUACGCUGGUCAUCUCCAGCAUCUCCAAGCUGGUUGCUGGCGCCGUCACCUACCCGUACCAGGUCAUCCGGAGCCGGCUCCAGAACUACAACGCCGACGAGCGGUUCGGGCGGGGUAUCCGGGGUGUGGUGAGGAGGACGUGGCGGGAGGAGGGGUGGCGCGGGUUCUACCGCGGCAUCGUCCCGGGCGUGGUGCGCGUCAUGCCUGCCACGUGGGUGACGUUCCUGGUGUACGAAAACAUGAAGUUCUACCUGCCUCGCUGGGCAAGCUAG